UUCCACAGUUGAACAUUUUUAAAUUAGUUGUUGUUUAAUGAAAUAAUGGCAGCAUCUGCUCCACCCCCUUAUUCUGCUGCUGAUCCUCAUGGUGCUCCCCCAGCAACAAAUCCAGCUUACCCACCUCAGCCUCCUGUUGCGCAAGCAGGGAUGCAACAAGCACCUCAACCUGGACCUGGAUAUCCUCCCCAACCAGGGUACCAACAAGCUCCCUACUACCAGGGUGGAUACCCGCCGCAACCUGGUUAUCCCCCACAGCAAGGGGGUUACCCGCCCCAAGGGGGUUACCCACCCCAACCGGGUUACCCGCCCCAAGGGGGUUACCCACCCCAAGGAGGUUACCCACCACAAGGGGGCUAUCCCCCACAAGGCCAACACAUUUCAACAGACCACCGACAUGGAAAAAAGGCUCCAAACGUUGUUGUCGUGGAGGAGAGACACAAGAAAAGAGAUGAAACAGCUGACUGUUUUCUGAUCGGUUGCUGCACAGCUUUGCUCUGUUGCUGGUUGUUGGAUUAAAACAAGAUGGUUUAAAAGAUGCACUCAUUGCUUUUGUUGUAGACAUUCUACCAAUCAGCUGUGACUGUUUUAUCAUUCGAUUAAACGAGUACAACACUUGACAAUGUUAAUAUAUUCUUAGAUAUUUUAUAAACAUGUUUUAUCCCUAAAAAUCUGUCAAAAGCGCUUUCUUAUUUGAUAAAGGCUUAAUAUUAUGCCAUAAUAGGGAUAGGGUAUUUAAAGUGUUUUUUCUCUCUCCAUGGCAUUGUUAUUAUCUUUUUCCUUGUAUUUUUAUUGUGUUUGUCCCAAGAGGAUAUUCUUAACCUAGUAUGAGCGUUAAGUUUAUAUUAUAUUUAUGGAUAUAGUUUAAGACAUUAAGACAUUUCCAGUAUAGUGAUAUUUACUUCUGGUGUUUAUUCUAUACUGUGUAACAUUCUGCAGUUGCUUUUCAAUAUUAAAAUAUUAAUAAUUGUAACAUCAGUGCUUUUUUCGCAAAUUCAUGUGUAUUUUGUAAGGGUAAUGUUAACAUUAUUAUAUUAAUUUAACAAGUGAAUGAAAAAUAUAAAAUGUUGUUCAGUUUAAACCAUCAUACUGUAAAACUUUUUUUUCUUAAUCACACGUUAUUAUACACAUUAUGUUUAAUACUAUAUUUUCUCAUCAUGAUACAGAGCUUAUUUUGCGUAAUUUGUUUUGUUUCUUGUUUCCCGCAAUUAUUGCCACAUGCUAAUUUUGCCUAAAUAAAAUAAAGUUUCGAUAUAGC